AUGGGAAUUACAACAGGUGCCAAAUUUCAGGCUGCCAACCGUGGAACUGCAGCCUAUCCAUUGAUGUGCUAUAGAUCACAAGUACCUAAUCCCUAUAGCAUUUUCUAUGGAGGAAAGCCGGUUAAGUUCUCUUUCAAUGUCAUCCUUGUUUCUUUAAUCUUGACCAUUCUCUUCUCCCGAAGCCUUCAUUUUCUUCUCAGGCCUCUCAGACAGUGUAGGUUCGUUUCUCAGUUACUAGGCGGCAUUAUCCUUGGACCGUCUCUCAUGGCGCAAAGCCCGAUGUUUGUGAGCAUGGUGUUUCCUCUUACAUCCGAGUUCUUGCUGAAAAACUUGGGAAUAAUGGGGUUGAUGUUAUUUCUUUUCGUAAGUGGAGUGAAAAUGGAUAUGGGCUUGUUAAAACGAUCGGGAAAAAAACAAUUGUGUAUUGCCCUCCCAAGCGUUUUCAUACCUCUCGCAGUAGCGAGCAUUGUAGGAUUUAGUACUCGAAAAUCAAUGGACGCAAACCUACAAAAAGUUGCUUCCAUUGAAGCAAUUGCCUUGUCUCUGUCAGUGACAGUAUUUCCCAUUCACUAUACUGUACUUGAAGAACUAAACCUUCUUAGCUCCGAGGUUGGGAAUAUGGCAAUGUCCACAACAAUAAUUAGCGACACCAUUGCGCUAAAUUUUAUGGUGGCUUUUGGGGCAAUGAAACAAAAUGAAAUAUCAGUACAUAAUGCUGUCUUGUAUUUGGUAUCCUCGAUGGUUUUUACAGCAUUCUUGGCCAUUGUUGUCCGACAACUAAUGUUGUUGAUCAUCGAAAACACUCCAGAUGGAGAACCAGUGGAACAAUUUUACGUGAUUGCCAUCUUCUUGUCAGCAUUUGUGUUGGGGUUUAUUACAGACAUGAUCGGCUUAGCCAUUUGUAUCGGCUCGUUUUGGCUAGGAAUGGUGAUUCCAGACGGACCACCGUUAGGUGCAACCUUGGUGGAGAAAAGCGAGACAAUUAUAAUGGAAAUAAUUUUGCCUUGUUCAUUCACGUACAUUGGAUUCUCCACUGAUUUUUAUGCAAUGAAGGAAGCCAGCUGGUCUGCCUUGAGCCCGUUGUUUGGGUUGUUUAUCUCAGGUUACUUGUCCAAAGUCAUCUCCACUAUGCUGGCUUCCAAGAUGGUAGGUUUGUCAUGGAGAGAUAGCCUUGCUAUGGGCCUUAUUUUGAGCAUGAGGGGUCAUGCGGAACUUAUUCUAUACGUCCAUUGGGUGGACAAAGAUAUAAUCGGGGUACCAGGUUUCUCAAUGAUGGUAUUCGCUACAGUAAUUCUAAUGGGAGUUCAUGCACCUUUGAUCAGCAUUUUGUACGAUCCCUCAAAGCCUUACAUGGUAAACCAAAGGAGGACCAUUCAACAUACAGCUCCGAAUGACUAUCUAAGGAUACUAGUGUGCAUCAAGGACAAAAGGCACUUGCCAAGCCUUGUCAGCCUUCUUCAAGUCUCUUAUCCCACUGUUCAAAACCCAUUCUCCAUCCACGUAUUUCAUCUCGUGGAGCUCAUUGGCCGUGCUAACCCUUUAUUCAUAGACCACCAAAACCAGGAACUUAAAGAGCUCGUCACUAGGUUUCCAGACUGGGGAACAAUCCACCAUGCUCUAAACUUGUAUCAAGAAGGGAUAGAAGACUGCGUAGACCUCCAAUUUUUCACUACUUCCACAACAAAAGCAACAAUGUAUCAGGAUGUGUGCAAGCUGGCUUUGUUAAGCAAGUCCGUUAUCAUCAUUUUACCUUUGGAGAAGAAAUACGACGGAGAGAUCGCGACAAAAGAGGAGUGGGGUGGCGGGAAUCAGUCCGUGAUCAUCCAAGUGUUGGAGAAUGCUCCUUGCUCUGUUGGGCUUCUUGUUGAAAAGGCCGAGCGAUGGCAACUCCCACAAAAAGCUUCAUUCAGCUUCAUUGUGCUAUUCCUUGGAGGACCUGAUUCUCGAGAGGCUCUAUCUUAUUCAAGCAGGAUGGCUGAGAACCCUAGUUUAUCCUUGACAGUAAUAAGGUUUCUUGCAGCAGACAGUAAAGGAGAUGAUGAAAUGCAAAAGAAGAUGGAUGAUGGGCUGAUGACUUCAUUCUGGGUUCAGAACGAAGGAAACGAUAGAGUGAGUUACAGAGAGUUGGUGGUAAGGAAUGGGGCGGAUACAGUUGCAGCGAUAUUGGAAAUGGCGAAAGAGAAUUAUUAUGAUAUGUGGAUCGUGGGGAGGAAACAAGAGAUAAAUCCGAGUCUAUUGGAGGGAUUGUCAACUUGGACAGAGAAUCAAGAAGAGCUGGGGAUCAUCGGGGAUUAUGUUUCAUCUGCUGAUAGUGUUAGCGUAGAUUCCGUGUUGGUGAUUCAGAAGCAAGUUUUGAGAGGCAAAGGACCCAACACUAAAACCACUAGUACCAUAGCACCGGUAGGUAAAUUCGAGUAA